UAUGAAUACAUGAUUUGUAUUUGAUUGGACGAAAUAGUAUGAGAUUUUUUUACGUGAAACUUAUUCCUUUUUUUAACUAUAACUAAUUGAGUUAAUAUAAAAUAAACUAACAAAAUGUUGCGAAUCUCUGUGAAUAAUUGCUGCAGAUCGCUAUUAAAGUUAAACACUGUACAGAGUAAUACUACAUGCAGAUCAAUUCACCUUGCGCGAAGAACUAGACAUACGACCUCGAAAAAUGUAUUUCUUCUUGAUUCGAACCGUUCUAAUUCUCACAUUUUAAAUGCCUUUUUUGUACGUUAUGCAAGUACAAACGAGACAGUUGUAAAUAGCGUGAAAAAAGAACCAGAAUUAAUUCGAAUUGAUUGGACGAAUCAUGCAACUAACAAUACAGAGAAUGAAUUAUUUGAAAUACCAGAUAUACCUCCUAUUCCUGUAAAAGAAGUUGUUGAAGUUAUUAAAAAAAUACAUCCUAAUGGCGAAGUAGCAUUUGAAAGUUUAGGAUUAGGUGGAUUCAGUCCUAUUGGUCUUAUUCAAAGUUCAUUGGAAUGGAUACACAUUUAUAUGGAUUUACCUUGGUGGGGUACAAUAGUUCUAGGAACUCUAAUUGUUAGAACAUGCAUGUUUCCUUUGGUAAUAAAAUCACAAAGAUAUGCAGCCACCAUGAGUUUGUAUUAUCCGAAAAUUACCAAAUUACAGGAAAAAUUGUCAGAGGCAAGAAUGAGUGGUGACCACUAUAAUGCUGCAGUAUAUUCAAGCGAAUUAUAUAACUACAUGAAAGAUAAAGGAUUGAGUCCUUGGAAAUCUUUGGGUCCUUUGUUAGUACAGGGUCCUCUAUUUCUUUGUUUUGUCUUGGCUUUAAGAAGAAUGGCCGACUUACCAGUCGAAAGUUUUCAAACUGGUGGUCUAUGGUGGUUUACAAACUUGUGUGCAGUAGAUCCUUAUUACAUAUUACCUUUAGUAACAUCCAUUACGUUUGCCAUUACCAUUGAAGUUGGAACAGAUACAGCAGCAGCUGCGACACUGGGAGCAAUGAGAUAUUUUUUGCGUUGCAUGCCAUUAAUAACACUACCAUUUGCAACACAAUUUUCUUCUGCUGUAUUAGUUUACUGGGUAAUGUCUAACUUCUAUUCUUUACUCCAAACUUUUCUGUUAAGAACAAAAUAUAUGAGAAAAGUAUUUAAUUUGCCAGAAAUGGUAAGACAUAAACCUAAUGAUUUAAUUGCAAAGAAAGGAUUAGUUAAAGGAAUUAAAGAAUCUUGGCAAAAUAUGAGUAUAGCAAAGCAGAUUGCUGACAGAGACAAAGCAGAUACAAUCCUAUUUAACAAAGCUGGAAGGGGUCCUGUAGUUAAAACAUAUUCAUAUGAUCCAACUAAGCAAAAAUUACAACCUAAAAUAAUGACUAAAAGUAAAUAAAUAAGUAAUUCAUUCGUUGGAAUAAUUGUAAAAAUUUAGAAAAAACUUGAGUAUUAUUUAUAAAUAGUUA